UCGUCUGCAUUGGUGUACUGUGCAUGUUACGUCGCUUUGGAUAUAAUGAGGAACGUCAUUGUGCUGUCACUGCUGCUGUUGAACAUACAUCAUGUCAUAUCAGCACCCAAAGAUGUCACUGCCAGUCUAAAAGCAAAGUGGAGCAUGACGCCUUUCCUCCUGGAGACAAGUGAGUUUAUUGGAGAAGAUGGGAAUGAGAAAUUCUGGCAGUUUGUUGACACUGUGAAAGAGCUCACUGUAUACAAGCAAGGAGAGUCUGUGCGCUCGUACUACAACUUGAUCGUUAAGAAGGCCGGCCAGUUUCUCACAGAUCUUCAAGUUAAUCUCCUCAAAUUUGCUCUGGCUCUACGGUCAUACUCACCAGCUGUUCAUGCGUCCCAGCAGAUAGCCAGUGAUGAGCCUCCGCCUGAGGCUUGCCCUGCCUUUGUCUCCGUCCAUGGUCAACAUAGCUGCAGUACCAAGGACAUCAAAAAGCUCCUGAAGGCAGCUGCAGGCAGGCCAAAACCAUAUUUAUACAAGAAUGAUCAUACAUAUCCAGGAGUCAAUAAAACAGAUGUGCCAGUUGUUAUCCUCUACGCUGAGAUUGGAACCAAGAAGUUCACCUCUUUUCAUAAGGUGCUAUCAGAGAAGGCUAAAGAGGGCACACUUCUAUAUGUGCUGCGGCAUUUUGUAGUGGAUCCAAAGCCACGAAAGAUGCUUUUGUCUGGGUAUGGAGUGGAGUUGGCUAUCAAAAGCACAGAAUACAAAGCUGUGGAUGACACCAAAGUAAAAGAUUCAAAGACAGCUAUGAAGGCUGAGGAUGAUAAUAUUGACGAAGUCCAAGGAUUCCUUUUUGGACCAUUGAAGAAAUCUCACCCUGAACUCCAGGAGCAACUUAGUGAGCUUCGCAAACAUCUCCUGGAGAGCACAAAUGACAUGGUCCCUCUCAAAGUGUGGGAAAUGCAAGAUCUUAGUUUCCAGGCAGCUACCAGAAUCAUGUCCGUGCCAAAGUUUGACGCUUUGAAGCUCAUGCGAGACCUCAGUCAGAACUUUCCAAGCAAAGCCAGAUCACUGACAAGAGUGGCCGUAAAGCAGGAAAUGAGAAAAGAAAUUGAGGAGAACCAAAAGCGUCUCAGUGAGACCAUUGGUGUUCACCCGGGAGACGGGGAGCUCUUCAUCAAUGGACUGCAUAUUGAUCUGGACAUUCACAACCCUUUCAGCAUUUUGGACAUCCUCAGAGGAGAGGCCAGGGUCUUGGAGGGGCUUCAUAACUUAGGCAUUAAAGGAGAACAUCAGGGCAAGCUGCUAAGGUUACCCGUGAAUGCUGUGGAUGACAGCUAUGCCUUAGAUAUCAAACAUCCAGCUAUAAUGUGGAUAAAUGACAUAGAGAAUGACCCAGUGUACCGCAACUGGCCAGCGGGUGUACAGGAGCUCCUCAGGGCCACCUUUCCUGGAGUCAUCCGGCAGAUCCGACGCAAUUUCUUCAACCUGGUGCUAUUCCUAGAUCCAGUACGGGAAGAAAGUGUUGAGCUAGUGAAACUAGCAGAUCUUUUCUACAAGCAUAAGAUCCCCCUGAGAAUUGGAUUUGUGUUUGUUGUCAACACCAAAGAUGAGAUUGAUGGCUUCUCAGAUGCAGGAGUUGGAUUUUACCGACUGCUGAAUUACAUUGCAGACGAGUACGAUUUAUCCCAGGCUCUCAUGUCCAUGCUCUCAUUGUACGGCCAAGUAGAUGUAGGGGGGACGCUGUCUGUUGAUACAAUUUCUGCUUACCUGAAGAGAAAAUUCCCUAAAGCCAACGCUGAAAGGAUUCUAGGUGCAGAAUCUGAGUAUGAUGACAAAAGAAAGGAUGGUGCCGCCUUCUACAAAAAGAGUGGCUUGGGUGCCCUACCUUUGGCUUUAUUCAACGGAGUCCCUCUGAACCCAGAUGAGAUGGACCCAGAUGAGCUGGAAACCAUCAUCCUGCAGCAUAUAAUGGACACCACCACCUCCUUCCAGAGAGCUGUCUUUAUGGGUCAGUUGACCGACAGUUCAGAUGUGGUGGAUUAUCUAAUGGAGCAGGCCAAUGUGGUUCCCAGGAUGAACCCUCUAAUUCUGAGCACUGACCGACAGUACCUCGACUUCACUGCCACCCCAGUUGUAGAUGAUUGGGAGGACACAACUAUGUUUUCAUACUUGGACUAUAGAGACAAAACAGCUGUGGUGGCUAAGAGAAUGAAGUACUUUACAAAUAGUGAUGAGGAUGGGAUGAGUGCUGUGACCAUGUGGAUAGCCGGAGAUUUUGAGAAGGUCUCAGGAAGAAAACUAUUGCUGAAUGCUCUGAAACAUCUGAAGUCCAGCCGCGGAGUUCGUGUAGGGGUGAUAGAUAACCCCAGCGGAAAGCCCAGCGGAGUUAACACUGUGCUGUAUAGGGCUAUCUGGGCCUCUCUCCUCACCCAGAAAUAUAAGGCUGCAGCAGAGUUUGCGCAUAAACUCCUGAAAGAGGAGAGCAUCCAGCUCCUCCAACAGGGGACCAAGAUGAAGGACUUACUGAUCCAGGGCAUGGCCGAAGAUGCCUUUGAAAAAAAGUUCAACACACUGGAGGUGGAUCUUAUCCGUAGUCAGCAGCUGUUUUGUAGAGACGUCCUGAAACUGAGUCCUGGACAGCGGGCAGUGAUCAGCAACGGCAGGAUCCUUGGUCCAUUUGAAGAGCAGGAAGAAUUCACUGUGGAGGAUUUCCACUUGCUGGAGAAGAUUACACUGAGCGGUUCUGCAGAGAAAGUCAAAGCCAAAGUUAAACAGAUGGGGAUGAAGCCAAAGCACGCCAGUGACUUAGUGAUGAAAGUUGAUGCCCUCCUAACUGCUGCCCCCAAAGGAGAGGUCAGGAGGGAUGUUGACUUUCUCAGAGACAGUCACAGUGUGCUCCGUCUCUCCCCGCGUGAAAACGAGGUGUUCUAUGAUGUCGUCGCCAUCGUUGACCCCCUCACUAGGCAGGCACAGAAGAUGUCCCCUCUCCUGAUUGUGCUCGGUCAAGUGGUCAACGUGAGACUGCAGGUGUUCAUGAAUUGCCGGGCCAAGUUGUCCGAGAUGCCCCUUAAGAGCUUUUACCGCUUUGUCUUGGAGUCCGAUGUGAAUUUCAUGGCCAAUGACACAGUGUCUCCAGGACCAGUUGCCCGCUUCUUGGAGCUCCCAGAAUCUCCCCUUCUCACUCUUAAUAUGAUCACACCAGAGAGCUGGAUGGUGCAGGCUGUCCGCAGCCCCCAUGACUUGGAUAACAUCCACCUGCAGGAGGUGAGCGGGGUUGUGACAGCAGAAUAUGAGCUGGAGCAUCUCUUGCUGGAGGGCCACUGCUUUGACCUGUCGAGCGGCCAGCCUCCCCGUGGACUGCAGUUCACCCUGGGCAUGAGUCGGGACGCGCUCAUGUAUGACACUAUUGUCAUGGCUAACCUGGGAUAUUUCCAGCUGAAAGCCAAUCCCGGUGCCUGGAUCCUGAGAUUACGUAAAGGGAGGUCAGAGGACAUCUAUCAGAUUCUCACGCAUGAUGGAACAGAUUCUCCUGCAGAUGCUGGUGAUGUCAUAGUUUUACUAAACAGUUUCCACAGUAAGAUCAUCAAAGUCAGAGUGCAGAAAAAGGCAGAGAUGAUCAAUGAAGAUCUUUUAAGUGAAGCUAGUGAAAGCAAAGGCAUAUGGGACUCCAUAGCAAGGAGAUCUUAUUCCUCCCCUCGAUCCAGACUGCACUAUUAUGCUGUAAGAUCUAGUCUUGCCAAAAAUAUGUGCUUCUGUAGGUAUGUUGUUUGGAGCACUUUUGAGAAAAGCAUCAGUGGUGGUGGCUCCAAGAAGGAUGAGGGAGAGAAGAAGAAAGAGGAUGUUCUGAACAUAUUUUCUGUGGCCUCGGGCCAUCUGUACGAACGCUUUCUGAGGAUAAUGAUGCUGUCCGUCCUUCGGCAUACCAAAACCCCGGUCAAGUUUUGGUUCCUCAAGAAUUACCUCUCUCCAUCUUUCAAGGAGACCAUCUCUCACAUGGCAGAGUCAUAUGGCUUCCAGUAUGAAUUGGUACAGUACAAGUGGCCCCGUUGGCUCCACCAGCAGACUGAGAAGCAGCGCAUUAUCUGGGGGUAUAAGAUCCUCUUCCUGGACGUUCUGUUCCCUUUGGCUGUGGACAAGAUCAUAUUUGUGGACGCCGACCAGAUAGUGCGGGCUGAUCUGACGGAGCUGAGGGAUUUAGACCUGGAAGGCGCUCCCUAUGGCUACACACCAUUUUGUGACAGCCGCAGAGAGAUGGAAGGCUAUCGCUUCUGGAAGACUGGCUAUUGGGCCUCACAUCUAGGACACAGGAAAUACCACAUCAGCGCUCUGUAUGUAGUAGACUUAAAGAAGUUUCGAAAGAUUGCAGCCGGGGACAGAUUACGAGGCCAGUACCAAGCCCUGAGCCAAGACCCCAACAGUCUGUCCAACCUGGACCAGGACCUUCCUAACAACAUGAUCCACCAGGUGGUCAUCAAGUCUCUUCCACAGGAGUGGCUAUGGUGUGAGACAUGGUGCGAUGACUCUUCCAAAGUCACUGCUAAGACUAUAGACCUGUGCAAUAACCCAAAGACCAAGGAGCCCAAGCUCACGGCUGCAGCGAGGAUUGUGCCUGAGUGGGUUGAAUAUGACAAUGAGAUAAAACAGCUACUGAGACAGGUCCAGGAACAGGAAGACACAGCACCACAAAAACAGACUCCCUCGCCUUCACAACAUAAAAAAGUAGACGACCAGCGUGAUGAACUUUAGUGCCUGCCAGCACCAUGCUGAAGAGGAAGGAGGCAGCACCUUUUACAUGCAGGCCACCUGUGAAGCUUGAAGACAGACAAUUCCAUCUAAACAUAGCGAUGGAGUGUUACAUCCCCAGCCGGAGAAGGAUGUGAUAUUUUCAGAGAUGCCAUAUCUGCUUCUGCAGUCAAUACGCCUUACAAAAUUAACACGUGAUGUAAGUGUUAACUGCCAACUGUGAACAUGUGGUGCGCAUGCAGCUCUACAGUCAGGCCCCUGUUUCAGAAAGCGGGCUUAGUGAAAACUCUUGAGUUUGUUAACCCUGAGAUGAGGGGAAACUCUGGGUUUUCCGUUCCAGAAAGAGAGGUAACUUAAACUCUGGGUCAGUUACCAUGGCAACUUGCUGGCAGGCUGACUUUCUCUUGGACUCCUCCUCUCCUGCCGAGCCUGAAGGAGCUGUCUGACACACGGUUUCCUUUCCUCAUUCACACAGUCCAUAUCAAAGCACACAUGGAACGCAUUCAUUUGCAGAUGUUUACGUCUUUGGAAACAUCGAAAUCCUGGUUAGGUUCGUUACUCAAGAACCAUGACCGCUUUUAUGAUGAACCUGACAUCGUGGAUUCAUCUUCUGCUCGGAAUAAAACUGCAAAUCAUCAAAAUUAUUAUUACUUGCUCAGAAUGUAACUUUACAAUCAUAGGUCCAUAAGUAUGUCUUAGUUGUUUGAGCUAUAUUUUCAUCUUGCUGCCACCUGCAUUUUGUGCCUAUCAGGUUACAGCUAAAUAAAUAUAUUUAAAAAUCUAAUGUAACAUACAGAAGGAGUCCAGCACUUUAUCAUCCAUGAUUAAUGGAAAUUCAAGCUCAAUACUAGAACCGCCAACGGGUCAAAUUUACCUGUGGCUGUUUUUUGAUUGUAUGUGUCUUUGUUUCAAUAUAAUAUUCAAGUCCCCCAGUCUCUAACUUUAAAAGUGUGUUAUAUAGCACCCCCUAUUGUUAAAAAAUGUCAAAGCUAGAUUUAAAAAAUGCCAUUUAUACCUAUAAGCGCCAGCGGGUAAAAUUUACCCCUAUAGAGAAUACAGUCAUUUUAGCGCUGUUCAUGUCGCGCGUUUAGAUAAACACUCUAUGUUGCUAUUGGCAACGCCUUUCCCACUACAGGCAUUACACUUGCUCAGCACAGUGAGUGAAGGAGAGUCCGAUGGUGGGGGCGGAGCGAUGUGUCCUAGGUUGAUUCUGCAUCUGACCUGACAGCGAUCCACUUGUAUGAAGUAAAUAUGCAUAAAAGCCGCUGCUCAUAGGUUUUGUGUAGGAUACAUGAUCAUCAAAACUAAUGCUGCAGUAGCCUAGUUUUUCCCUGUGAUAGAGCUGUGUCCUGCGGUCCCUUCAAGAGGGCGUGCGGCUCCCUCAUGUGCUUUUUGAAGGCUAUAACGUUUCCAGUGCUGUGUAUUUUUUAGUAAAAAUGAUCAUUAUACAUUUUUCCGUUGGGUAAAAAUCUACUAUGAAUUUUGGAAUUGAUAAUCGUUUCUUUCGAAUAAAUAGCCUACUUUUAUUUGAACUAUCAAACUUUUGUAGCUACUAGGCAUAGGCCUAUGUGUUAAUCUGUAGAUGCCCGAUGGAGUCCGUACAAACAAGCAGAACAGUAAGAAGUAGCCGACAUUAUGAGGCUAUUAUUAGGCUACCGCCUAUAAAACACUACAACAGUCAGUCUUUUUUGUAAAUUGUAUGCUGCAUUUAAAUUCAAGCUGUAUUUAGAAUAUAACUAGGUUAUAACAUCUAUAACAGCGGCAAGUGGAUGACAUCAUAAGAGCCGCCGCGUGUGAACGUGCCCUUCACAGAUGCGCAUCGCAGGCGAACGAUCUGCACGGUGAAGACAAUGAAUAGAAUAGAAUAAACUUUCUGUAAAUGCCUGAAAUAUGGGGAUGGUGUUUAUAGGAAAUGCACAGCCAAUGUGCUAAAUGUUUCCCAAAGUGUGUUGGAGCAACAUGUAGCAGAAAUAAUAACAAAAUCACUGCAUUUUUAUAGCGGGUAAAGGUAGCCUAUACAACGAACCCUGGCGGUUCUAGUGUAAAUGAAGAAUGAGUGGACUAUGCUGAAUAAAAUUUAAUAGUGUAAAGUUAUUGACUCCUUUCUCCACUCCUGUUUUUUAAGAUGAAUAUCAUGGUCUGCAUUGGCAUGCAUUCAUAUUUCUAGUUCCACUGGGUUUUACCUUGGGGCUCUGCUUUUUAUUUACCUGUUGCCAUGGUGAAUCAUAGAAUCAGACCUCCACUGAUGAGGGCGUUUUUUUCCCUGGGAUGCACUUAAACAUAGAGGGAACAUAAUCAGACUUAAUUUCAUUAACCCAGAUUAGCUGUUCUGGAAUGGAAAACUCAGUUUACCAUCUCAUGGUUACUCAACUCAGAGAUUAGGGUUAGAGUCAAGAGUUUGUUGGACCUGCUUUCCGAAACAGGCCUCAGGUCUUGGUUACUGUGUGUUUACCAGAGAUUGAAGUAAAUACAAAGUGUAAAGGGGUGAAGUCAGUCACAACCCUCUAUUGGUGUAUGUUUGAGUGUAAAUAGUUGGCAUAUAUUGCACUGAUAAUGUAUGCAAAGAAUCAAAUGGAGAAGGCACAUUUUUAAGAUUCUUAUGACAAAGUUGAAUUUUUUUUUAUGCAAAACUUUCUAAAAGUUAAUAUAUUUAGAUAUUGUAUUUGAUGUUGUAAACAACAUGAAGACUUUCACUAUGCUUUGACUGAAAUGCCCAAACUGAAGAUGUGACUGACAUAAAACUAGUCCUGUUUUAAACUUCACAACAGAGGUUUUUACAUUAGAACAUUAGGACUGUACAUUAUUAUUGGAGGGGUUGGAAAAUUAUUCCUCCAUAAGUUAUUUUGUUUCAGUCUUCCCUUGCAAGAUUUAUUAUAUAAAAGGGAUCAUAUAGUUACACAAAACAUUUUCCACCUCACCAUCAAAUAUCUAAUGUCCGUUUUUGUCUCUAGCAGAGGCAUACUUUUUUCACUACCCUGUACAGUUGCUGGAUGCUAAUAGUAAGCUGAACUAAUUGUUCUUUUGAUCAAAGAAAUGAAACAUGUUGACUGUG